AACCGGCAUCUUUCCGGACCAUGGGAUUUCCUACAUGAAUAGUGAAUACCGACUGAAGACGCCGUCUGACUGGGCAGGAUACAUUUCUUCAGAGGUUCCCCAUUGUGAGAAACCACCAUAUAGACAUGGACACAAACAAUCACUUUUCCAGCACUGGCCAACCUCCAUUACCUAGCCCCUCAGGUCUGAAACAGCUGCCUCAAUUGAUGGAACCAGUUUACACAAAUAACUCUCUUUUAAGAUUUCCUCAACAAGUAAAAGGUCUGAAUUACGAAAUGCCAGUAAAUCGCCUAAUCUCCCCCUCUAUACCCAGUAGUCCUCACGGGAUAUUUGCAUCAGAUGCCAGUGCUGUUAAUCAUCCCGCAUCCAAUACUUUUGACUACCUCUGGAAAUACCCCAAGUCUCCUAUUGUGAAGGACAGCAAUGGGCUUAGUACGCAUCAAGUGAAUGGUUCAACAUCAUCUGUGACGAACGGCCCCUUGAGUAAAGGAAGCUCACAGGACACCUGGGAAAACUCAGAAUCCAGCCGUCCAGCCUCUCUCACUUUUAGCAGUCAAGACUUGUGUAAUUUUAGCAAUUCUAAUGUAAAAGUGGCAGCUGCAGCAAAUGAAGCGCACUGCUUUUCUGAAGCAUCACGACCUGCCCCUGUAUUGAUAUCUGCUGUGCAGGCUCUCUCUCCUUCAUCUGAUCAGGGAACAGAGUCCGAUGAAGGCAAGCUAUUGGAAGAUGAUGGCAGACUGACGGAUACAUUGGAACCCUCUGGUGUUGAAAUAGGUGAAAGACUUUGUAAGCACAAUGGACCAGAACAGGCAGUGUCCAGCCCAAUUCCUGCUCCCCAGUUUAGUAGUUUGGAUGACCCUCCUCAUCUUCCAUACCAGCUUGGAGAUUCCCAUGUCUUGAACUUGGACACAAGUCUGGAGGCAUUUGGAACGGACCUCGGCCAAGAAUCCGCCAGCAAUACGAUCUAUGAUCUUGAAGAAAUGGAAGCAGAAUCCCAAGAGAAGGACAGGAGUCCCUUGGUUGAAUCGUCAAGUUUGGAAUGCCAUUCAUAUUCAAGCACUGCCGCCUAUCCACUUGUGAUUGAAGAAGUCAAGGAUUCUCACUCAUUCAAUCCUGCUUCUGUGUCUCCUGAAUUAGGAGACUCUGUCAUACAAGAUAAUCUGUCUGAGGAGGAUGAAAGUCCUGAGGGAAGUCGAACAGAGGAACCCAGUAUUGUAUUGGAAAGCAAUUUGUCAGCUGAAGUGUACACUGAAAACGUAACCCCAGUGCCCAGUGUUGCCCCUGAACCUGAAGAUGAAGACCUGGAGCCUGGCGAAGUAAAGGGUGGUCAUGGUCGGAGGCGGGUAGCAACUCCAGAAGAGGUGCGUCACCCUCUCCUUCAUGGGUGGAAACGAGAAGUACGGAUAAAGAAAGGUAACCACCGCUGGCAAGGGGAGACCUGGUACUAUGCUCCUUGUGGGAAAAGAAUGAAACAGUUUCCUGAGGUCAUCAAGUAUCUUUCUAAGAACUCUGGUCCCCACGUGCGAAGAGAACACUUCAGUUUCAGCCCCAGGAUGCCUGUUGGGGACUUUUAUGAGGAACGACACACUCCAGAUGGUCUACAGUGGGUGCUAUUGAACUGCGAGGAAAUUCCCUCCCGUAUUAUGGCCAUUACAGGAAAGAGGGGGCGUCCUCGUAAUAUGGAGAAAGCUAAAGCAAAGGAGAAUAAGGUCAAACGUGGGCGAGGUCGACCUCCAAAAGUAAAGAUGAUUGAUCUGCUGAGCAAACCAGAUGCUAAACUCUUGAGGAAGUUGGAAAACCAAGAUAUUCUUAGUGACGUUGAAAAAGUGCAGCUGAGUAAGCUGCGGAAGAAAAUGAGAAGGAAGGCCAGAAGUCAGGAAGCCAAACAAGAAGCAGCAAAGAAACUAAAAUUAAGGGAAAAGAAAGAGAGAGAGAGGGAAGAAAGGGAGCAGAAGAUGAAGGAGGCCGAGCAGAUUGCUGAGAAGAAGAAAGUAAAGAGAAGGGCAAAGGAAAAGGCUACUCCCCCUGUACAGGAGAGAAAGCCAGACAGGAGGCAAGUUGCACAACAGCGCCGGCUAGAGGAACGCAAGCGCCAACUGUUUAUGUUGGAGGAACUGAAGAAACCCACAGAAGACAUGUGUUUGCCUGAUCAUCAGCCAUUACCAGAUUUUCCACGUGUGCCAGGAUUAGUGUUACCCAGUAGUGCCUUCUCUCACUGCUUGACCAUUGUGGAGUUUCUACAAACAUAUGGCAAAGUGUUUGGCUUGGAUGAAGCUAAGGACAUACCCAGCCUCAGUACACUACAAGAGGGGCUCUUUAAUGUAGGUGACAGCUUGGGUGAGGUGCAAAACCUGUUGAUGAAACUACUGCGCGUUGCACUGUUCGAUCCCGGGCUUCCACCAUAUUGCCAGUCUUUGAAAAUCUUAGGGGAAAAAGUUUCAGAACUCAAUCUAACCAGGGAAAAUGUUUCUGAAGUUCUGCGUAUCUUCCUUGAAGCACAUGGUGGCGAUCUUGAGCUAUGCGAUAGCCUCCGCACUCACCCGUUUCAGGCUCAUCCUCCGCACACAAAAGCUGCAGGGAUUGCGUUUCUUGUUAAUGAGCUGAAUGCCAGUACUCUCAUUAUUAGUGAAAUUGAUAAAACUCUGGAGAACAUGUCUAACUACAGAAAAAACAAGUGGAUAAUCGAGGGUAAAAUCCGAAGAUUGAAGUUUGCAUUAGGGAAGAAAAUGGGCAGACAGGACUCACCGGUUAGCAGCACAGAGGAAAGCAGGAGGAGGCGCAGUAUACGUGUCCCUGAUGAGAAUGAAGCUCUGCUUGGGGAUGAGCCUGUUUCGCUGAAACCCUCUGCAGAGGAAACGGAAGAAGUUUCUGCGAGUGUGAAUACUUUGGAUCUGGAGAAACAGAUAGAGAAACUCACUAAGCGUCAGAUGUUUUUGCGAAAGAAAAUUAUUGGUUCCUCCCAAAGGCUUCGGUGUGUGUGUCUGGGGCAGGAUCGAUACCGCAGAUUCUACUGGAUGCUCCCGCACAUGGGUGGCAUCUUUGUGGAGGGUUUAGAGGACCGUUCUGUUCAGGCUCCAGAACCUACACAAGCUGAGCUGCCGGAGACAUCUCAUGUGAAGAGUGAGGAGGAGGAGGAAGAAGAGGAGAAAGACGACCAAUAUUACUGUUCUCUGAAUCGCUCACGGGGUCGUCCACGCAGAACAAGGGCCGAGUCGGAACAUUGUAAAUAUUGUCUGUGUCCUGGAUCUCAGGAAGUUCCAAUAAAUGGCCUUUUGCAAGCAAGUACCCCUAUUUUGGAAAGGCCACAGGACAUGAGUCAGACAGCAUUAUUAUCGUGGCUGACAGAGUGUCAAACUUCUAUCAUGAACAGUACUGUGCUGACACCAGAGAACAGCCCUUCUCACACUGAAGCUUCUCCCUUUGAUAUUGGGCCCUGUCCUGGAGCCACAGACACAGAUGAAAAAGAGAAUAAGUUGUUUAACUUGCUCCCAAGGACUUCUUGCACUGACCGUUCCCAAGACCUCAGUUCUCAGUCAAACCUCCUUCACCCGCCGUCUUCUGCUGCAGCUACACCACCAACACAGGUCAAGGCGCUGGCAGAGGACAGGCAUCAUUCUUUUGGCACUCCACUACCAUCUGUUUCUGCACUUUGCCAUGUAUGUAACAAGCCUUUGAGGAACGCCACCACAUGUAGCUCAGCACUGGAGAAGCGUAGGGGACGACCAUCCAGUAAGAUGUUCACUCAAACAGAGCAAAAGUACUUCAAUCAGCUUAUAGACCGGCCCAUAGCUAGUGACAUGAAAAAUACAUGGUGGUGGAUAAAGGACCCAGUCAUGCUGGAAUCAUUACUAAAAUCUCUGCACCCACGAGGCAUUAGGGAAAAAUCUUUGCACAAGCAUCUCACAAAGCAUCUUGGACACCUCAAGGAAAUGUGCGCCCGGACGGCUACCAAUUCCCUUUUUGAGUCCAAAACCACAGAAGACCACUCUGUGAGUCAGGAAGCACUGGACAAAUGGUCAGUUGAGCAGUGGACAUUCCAAGUGGAUCUGUCUGUCCUGCAGUGGGUGGAAGACCUGGAACAGAGAGUUAUGAUGUCAGACCUGCAGAUAAGGGGCUGGACCCCUCCUAGCUUAGACUCUGUUCGAGAUGACUUAAAAUAUUUUGAGCACAUGCUGGAUGCAGCAGAUGAUAUCUUUUCAAAAGUGAAAAAAGAAGAAGGGCAACCACACAGAGAGCCGGGUAAUCCACUGGACAUCGCUGUGCUGCGGCUUCUGGACGUGGAGCAGAAUGUGGAGAGGAGAUACCUAAAAGAGCCACUCUGGACGUUGAGUGAGGUGCAGCAUGAGAAGAUUGUGACCACUGACCCAGAGACACUGUGCACCACUGAGAUACAGUACAGUAUUACUCCUCGUCUACGUUUGUGGCGCCAAACGGUGGAGAGAUGUCGCAGCUCUGCUCAGCUGUCUCUCUGUCUGCAACAACUGGAGAGGUCCUUCGCCUGGGAGCGGUCCGUUAAUAAAGUGACUUGCAUAUAUUGUCGAAAAGGUGACAAUGAUGAGCAGUUGCUGCUUUGUGAUAGUUGUGAUCGUGGCUGCCACACUUACUGCCAUCGACCUCAAAUGACAGAGAUUCCAGAAGGGGAUUGGUUUUGCCCCAGUUGUGUGUCUCUGCAAGGAGAAAGUGAGUAUCUAAGACCCAGUGGCUCUUCAAGACGAGCCAAAAAGAGUGUACAGCGAUAUCAAGAUGACAGUCCCUUAAAACAGUCACGACGGAAAGAACAGACGCCUGUGUGUCAGCAGUCUCUGUCGGAGAUAUCCCUUGCAAAGCGGCGACGAAUCACCACCAGAAGCCAGUGUCCUGACCUAACGUUCUGCGAAAUCAUCUUAAUGGAGAUGGAGUCACAUGAUGACGCAUGGCCUUUUCUAGAGCCCGUGAACCCGAGGUUUGUGCCUGGCUAUAGGAAAAUCAUCAGGAACCCUAUGGAUUUUUCUACCAUGCGGAAUAAGUUGCUGAAUGGAAGGUAUUCCAGUUGUGAAGAAUUUGCAGAAGAUGCCAAGCUUGUGUUCAGCAAUUGCCAGUUGUUUAAUGAGGAUGACUCUGUAGUAGGGAAGGCUGGCUUGGUUCUGAAGAAUUUCUACGAAAGCCGCUGGGAGGAAUUUAAUCAAGAACGUCAAAACAAUACACUUUGAGACUGGAGUUCAUCAUUUCCUAAUUUAACAUUACUUCUGCAUCACUUAAAACGGGUUCAUCUCUCUUGUUGUCACUUCAUCUUUCAGUGUGCUGCGCUCCACUUUGAGGGAAAAUUCUGGCAACAAAGAGGUUAAUUUAUGGUCAUCCGGGACCCUCCUUUCUUCCCAAUUUCUCCAGUGGGUCUGGAUCCCUUACAUUCCCCAAUUACAAUGUCUCUAGAGUAAUAUUGUUACAAAGGCACUCUAAGUUCUACUGUAUGUAUAAGUGGCCAGGCUGUGCGACCCUGCAUUCACAUCUGUGUUAGACCAUACAUAGCACACUGAAUGCAAGGACUAUAGGAAUUCCUCUCAUGCAGACAUGCCAACUGAGUGUUUCUCGUCUACUGAACUUGCAGAACACCACUGAAAUGUGCACAUUUACAUGUGUUCCUACAUCUGUUCUGAGCAUAAUGUAUGAAAUGCAUAUAUUUACAAGUAUACGUAAAUGAAUACAUACACACCAAAUGGGCACAAAGUUACUGAAUAAUAUACAUUCUUGUUAUUUGUACUACAAGACGACAUGUUACCCAGUUGUAACAUUGGCUCAUUCCGUUCCUGUUGCUAUCAUUUAAGUUGAUGAAUUGGACAGCGGGACAUGUUUAAUAGCAAUAGAGCAUUUGUGCAUUUUUGUUAGGACCAUAGAGGAGGUAUCGGAUACAUAGCAUACCUUCCAAUGUGUAUUGUGUUAUACGGCCAGUAAUCUGGGCACUAGCCUGGACAGAACAAUAUUCCUGUGUGCUCUGGGCUGGACUUCCUUCUUUGGUUAUCAUUAUUUGUACCCCCUUCCUUCCUUAGGCACUACCUCCUCCCAUGCCAAUGGCUUCUUUACCUUUACAUUUUCCCUUCCCAAAAGGUACCAUCUAAAUUCUAGUGUUGUACCUCUGGUCUUUAUGGGCCGUAAGCACUACAGGGUUCCCAGAGGAUGUUUGCUACCAAUUAUUCCUUCUCACUUGACUGUUGGACUAGUGGUGGAGAAUUGAUGUGGCAUCCUUUUUUUUCUGUACAUUGUAUAUUUAUUUAUCACUGUCUCUGCUGUACAGGCCAUUUGCUUGUGGUAUUUAAUAUCUUCUCAUUGUUUGUUGAAAGGUGUAUUUUGGAAAACUUUUGAGAACCAACCUGUAAUGACUAUAUUAUUAGCAGGAGCUAGAACAAUUGAUUUAUUCCUGCUAAGGGCCUCCAGCAUAUAGACUUCUGUUGAAAGGGUUCCUCUACCCUUCAAUUACAUCAACCUUUGGCUGUCAAAUGGUUUCUGAUGAUACAAGUGAUCCAUCUGCUAGUAUCCUGUUCAUGCCCUUCUGGGAGGAAUCACACCGCUAAUGUAGAAUUGAGGAAUAUACAGAUUAGUGUACACAUAAUUUUGUUUUGUGUGUGGUCUAUAUUAUCUUUAGCUUCUGUUGGGAUCAUUGAUCCUUACAGCUAAUACAGUCCCCAAUGCAAAUUAUGUGUUUUAUCAUGCAUGUGUACUCAUACUAUAUGGUAAAUGUGGAUGGGGGAACAAGCAUUACGUGUAAAACAGAAGAGAACGUGUUUUAGAUUAUUUGUUCCCAAUAAUUGCAUUUGCUUUGGGAUUCCAUUUUCAUUAACCUAAAACUGUGUUCUAGUCUAUAGCAUUCUCCAUAUAUCUCCAUUAUUGCAGAAGCAGUGCCAGCACAUUCCACUUCUCUCCUGUGCUUAGUUCUGCCUAGAAAAUAACUUCCUCUCUAGUAACAGUCACAUGUUGCAGCUGUAGUGUCAGUUCAGUCUCCAGACUUCUACUGUAUCUGUAUUUGCACUUUAGAAGGGCAAUCCUUACUGAACGUGACCGAAAUACCCGACGUUUCAUACAUUCAGUCUGAUAAUUCAGUGAUCAUACCAGUUACUAUACGGAGACAUUUAUCACCCUGCCUUGUGUCUUAGCACUAAGUAAUAACACUGAUUCCUCAUCAGGUGACAGUGGGACGGUGCAGUUCUUAUUUACAGCAAUAUUAGAUUUGCAGCAAGCGUGUUGCAUUGUAAAGCAAUAAACCACAGUAUCCUAUGCACUCAGCCCAAUGUGUUUAAAUAUUAGACAACAUUAAACCGGAGGCCUUUCCACUGAAUUUGUAUUAUACUAGACCAGGAAAUGAACAAGAAUUGAGCUCCAAUACAGGCAAUUUGGCGUAAUCCAUAAAUGACAGAACUGGGCAAGGAUGGAGUGAUUAGAAAAGCAUUCUGGCACUGCAGUGAAAAAAAUAUAUAUAUAUAUUUUUGUAUUCUGGAUGAUUUGUUUUUAUUUUGGUAUUCAGUAGAGAACAGGCUUUAAAUUGAGUUUAUAAGAUGCAUAGAUAUUUAUUUGAUUUAAUAACAGCACUGUGUCUUUUUGUUAAAGUAUGCCAGCCAUCCGGUUCCUGAGCUGCGUAACUCCUUGGGCACUAGGUAAUAUACAAAGGGGUGGUUCCUUAGAGAAAGGGGGGGGGGGAUUUUCUUUACUAUGCGUUAAGCCCCGGGCUGUUCAUAGCGCAGGCUCCUCAGACUGCCAGAUUAGAGUGCUCGGGGGAACCCUAUUGUUAUUUUUUUUAUUGCAUAUUGCCCAUGUAUAACGCUAGAGGCUCUGGUGACGGGACUGCUUUACAUAUUGGUGGAACCUCUGUUUCUGUCUGUUUUCUUUUAUGAAUUCUGUUAUGAAUGCAAGGCUGGUUGAGUGGGCAUAAUUGCUGAAAUAACACUUUUAGGGGGAUGGGUAAGCUUCCUCUGUGGGCUAUAGUUACACUAAGUUUUCUCUGUGUAUUUUAUGCACAAAAUGCAAUUAGCUGGGAUACCCUACAGCUCUGAUCUCCAAACUGGCAACUGCAUUCCUUUGGAAGCUCACAUUGUUUAUAGUCACCGAUUCUUGGAUUUAAUGUUACCAGGCUUUACAUUUGCAUAGUUUCUUGUAGAGCAACUUUUAUCCUAAAAUAUAUACUUCUGCAUUGAGCCUUUUUAAGAUGUUUCUUAUCUUUUGUCAGACACUAUGCAUUGGGCUUACACUUCUUCCAUGCCACCUGCUUUACCACAUGACCAUAGUGAAGCUAGAUGGGACGGAAGCUUGCAUUUCAGAUACUGGGAGUGUGACCUUAAAGUGAACCACUCUUUUUUUUAUAUAAAGUGCUAUUCAUAUCAGCUCACUAGGAAUUAGUGACAUCAUCGCUUUGUGCUUAAAUGAUGUCAUUAGUCCCAAAAAAAUUGAUGGGUUGCAUUCAUCUUAAUACUGGUUCAUGCCUCCACUGUUGCAGAGUGACUGGUACACUUGGACAGUCGGCCACAUCCUGUAGCUUGUAUUAUUCCAUAAGAAGCCUACAUAAUAACUAUUGUCUUUUUUUUUUUUUUUUUUUUUUUUUUUUUGUAACAGCGUGUAAAGCCCUACAAUCAACCACCAAAUUAUUGUUAAAAAAAAAGGAAAAGUAUAUUCUGGUUAUUUCACAUCCCACCAAUUCACUUUGUUCUGUUAGUGUCUAUGUGGCACAAGCACUAAGAUACAAUAACCCAUUUGUAAAUUACUUUUACAGAGGCCUCAUCAUUUCAGUUCUGUGUGUUACAAUUUUCUUAGUAUAUUAAGGGUUUAUUUAAAAUACUGUGUUUAUUUAAAUUAAAGACUUGUCACUUCCGUGAAAUAUAUUCUUAUCAAACUGGUAGCAAAUACAUUGCAGAAAUCUCCUCAACCACAUAAAACAGGACAGGAACGACACAGGUUUAGUCUUUGCUACACUGAAUGAGAGUAUGAGUGCAGGUUUUUCUAUUCGUGCCACAAGCAUCUUUUUGAUUCCGAUUCUAGGUUAGUACGGCAGCUUAAAAAUGCCUUGGGCCACGCUAGAAAACUCCACCAGCUCUCACAUUCUCUUAUAUUAUUUUUUAUAUAUAUGUAACCAAACUGUGUUAUAGUGACUUUUGAUAAAUGUACAGUUUUUUCUGUGAAUUUAAAUUUAUUCAUUUCUAUAUUUUUAGGACCAAUCUCGUUUUUAAGAAAUGGAAAACAAACUAAAAAAAAAAUAUUAGAGAUUGACGUUGCUGUACUGUGCCCUUUAGCAGCUGAAAUAUAAAUAAAACAAUGAGUGAUAGAAAUGUCAA